AGAAGUGAAACUAAAAAUGGGAACUGUGCUGCGAUAUAUUCAGAGGCAGAGCUAUCUAUUCAUCUCAGUGUCGGGUGAAAGCUGGAGGGGAAUAAUCUAUUUGCAUUGAACUCUUUCUAGUGGAGAAUAAUCUACAUCUGCCUUGAAUGAGCAGUCUUUGAAAGGAAAAUGUCCUCUCCGUAUAGAAGCCUUCAUGACAGUUAUGUUUCAAACAAAGGGAGGUCGACCAGCUGCGUGACAUUAGGUGUGGUUUUGGGCUGUCUGAUAGUCCUGGGGAUUUUGCUUGCCAUCGCUGUUCUGGAAAGACCCAAGCCACCCAAAGAUCAUGAGACACUCCCAAAGGAUGGUGGGGCCAAUUUCUCUACAGACCAGUGCAGCAUGGCCCUUGUGGAGAGCAUUCCCCAACAUGUGAAAUAUAACGACAAUGCAACGCUCGGUAUCCCCCUGGAACAAGUCUGGAAAGAUCUAAUCUCCAUGGCAACGGACCAGGUAGAAGUGGUCUCUUUUUACUGGACCUUAACUGGGGAAGACAUCAACGUCAACUCGUCUUCUGACAUACCUGGAAAGGAUAUCCUGAGAGAACUUGAGGCAUUGCCCUCCAGGAAUGUAUCUGUCCGAGUGGUGACCAGUGUUCCCACAGUUAGAACAAACUCCACAGAUUUAAAGAUCUUAAAACAGAAAGGAGUUCAUGUGAGGGAGGUGAACUUUGGGCGCCUGAUGAAAGGUGUCCUCCACACUAAGUUCUGGAUCGUGGACAGAAAACAUGUGUUUAUUGGAAGUGCCAACAUGGACUGGAGAGCUCUCACACAGGUGAAGGAACUCGGAGUGGUCAUCUACAACUGCUCCAGUGUGGCAGAGGACCUCCAUAAGAUCUUCCAGUCUUACUGGGUGAUGGGAGAAUCCAACAGCUCCCUGCCAAGGCCCUGGCCUUCAAACUAUGACACUGACAUCAACAAACACCACCCCCUGUUGGUGGAAGCUGAUAAUGUCUCCAGCAGUAUUUACCUCUCAGCUUCUCCACCAUCAUUCUGUCCUCCAUCGAGGACUCAGGACCUGGAGGCGAUUCUCUCCAUCAUCUCAGAGGCUGAGCACUAUGUUGAUGUAGCUGUCAUGGAGUACUUCCCCACCACACGCUUUGAAAAGCCUCUGCGAUACUGGACGUUCAUUGAUGACGCCAUCAGGAUGGCUGCAUUCGAGAGGAAGAUUAAGAUCCGGAUGCUGAUCAGCUGCGGGCGUGACUCUGAUCCAGCCAUGCUGCCCUUCCUUAAGUCUCUAGCCUCAAUGGACAGCCCUCACCACCAGAUCAGCAUUCAAGUAAAAUUGUACAUUGUGCCUGUAGGAAACCAGACUGAUAUUCCAUACUCCAGAGUCAACCACAAUAAAUACAUGGUGACGGAUAAAGUAGCUUACAUUGGUACCUCCAAUUGGUCAGGGGACUACUUUGUGACCACAGCUGGAGUAGGCCUGGUGAUUUCCCAGCAUGCUCCUCACCCUGAAUGGAAGACCAAGGCCCUGCAGCACCAGCUCAGGGUGGUUUUUGACAGAGACUGGAACUCUAAGUUUGCUGUGCAUCUUGCUGACCUGGGGCACCACCCAGACUGUGCACUAUCAACAUGACAGAAUAAGAAGUUCUCCAUGAAAUACAUAUUGUUAUCAAGGUUGUACUUGUGGCGUAGUUGUAAUUUAUGUUGUUUUUAUAUUAUCUCUGUUAUAUGAUCGCUCACUCUCUCUAUAAGCUUCCACAUCAGAUGAUUAACUUACACUUUCAGUUGUUGACUAAAUUAAUACACUUGUAACUGUAAAUAAGGUUUAUUGACUUAGCACUAAUUUUUUUUUUUUAGAUUAGUGGUCGUCUGGUGUUGACUGACUGUUGAAUGUAUGAUUACUGAUACUGUAUAAUUACAAAACCGAUGUUAUUCAUAUACUUUAUAAUUAUUAAACAUGUGUAAACAUCAAUGAGAUAACAAACAAACAAAGAAUUUUAUUUAAGUCCAGAGACUGCCCCUUGUAGUGACCACAGGAUGAGUGGGGGAACCUCUUUGUUGCUGGCCAUACCUUGCUGUGUGUUGGAUGCUGAAAUACCACUUGUGCCUAUCGUUAUGCUGCAUCAGUAACUUUCAUUGUCAUUGUGACUGGCUAUAAUAACAUUGACCAAGACAGGACUGUAAAACCAGACACUAACACCAGAAUUAGAACCAGGGGUUGGUCAGCUAGGACAGAUGUGAUAGGCUAAUACUGUGGUACACCACAACCCUUAGCAAAUCCAACCAUGUCAGUUCACUUCACCUGUCCAUUCCUCUAUUGUUCAGGGGUCAGGAAGAAGCCAGUGCCUAUUCGUUGAAUGAAACGAAUGAAAGUAAAUUUUUCCUUAAAUAAAUGUGUUAAACUGGAGAGGUAUUUUCGUAUUGAAUAUGCCUUUCAAUGCUUUAUGCAUUCUCUGUCCAGAAAUGUCUUAUUACUGGACAUUCCCAGUGAUUGGCAUCAUGACUCCCACACUGUCACACUGUCUAAUUGGUAUGCUCUCCUGUUGAGUGUGCUUUCUGCUUUGGGGUAAUAAAAAAUUGAAUUAGA